UCUAUCGACAACGGUGUAUCGGCAUGUGGUGUAUCGACUCAGCUUUCCCAUUAACCUCAAAGGAAAAUCAAAGAAGUCUGCGGGAAUUCUAGCGCAAAACCAACAAACUUAGAGGAUAAUCAGAGGCCAGCGACUUCGGUCGAACUUUCCAGGGGACGGGCGGCGCGAAUGGAACGCCAUGCCAGCGAAGCGGAUGACGGUCACCACAGCAGCAGCUUCGUCCAUCAGUGGAGCCAGUGGGUCCACCACGAAUAAUGGUCCGUCUGGGGGCGGGGCACGCCCACUGGAGACGCUCAACGGAAUGACCAGGCUAGCUCCCGCCCGCGACUUAACCCUCGGUGGGCGUGGCGCUGGGACAGCCAGCAAAAAGGUCUUUGCUCCCAACUUGAAUGCUGUGCGCAACAAAAAUGCCAAUGUCAAGACGUCCAAGGACACCACGCAGCCGAGAAGCGGCCGGAGGGGUGGACGUGGCAACGGCACAGGAGCGACACGUGGUCGAGGUGGAAAUUCCGCUGGCGGUGGCAACUCCACGCUCAUCCAGACCCAGGGACUCUUCUCCGAAGGAGCAGGUGAUGUUCAUGUGCGAAGGUCAACAGGAAAUGGAACGGCAUAUGCACGAGGCGGUGAAGAGGUGGCUGUGACCAGGAAACGCGUGGAUCGCAAGGACGACAAGGGUCAGGCCGAACGGAUCAAGGAGCUCUUGGGCGAAUCUGAGGCCAGUGGCGGCGAGCUCAGCGAAGAGGAGGCUAACAAGACUGAGAUGGCACUCAAGCCCAUCCUGCUGAAGGAGGGACUCUGGGUCACCCAAAAGACACCGAUAGCUAAGCAAGAAGACGCCAGUGCAACCUCAACACAAAAGGACACUUUGGCAGUGGCCCAGCAUUUGCAACAGCUGCAUGUGGCUGCUCAGACAGCCAGCUUGGAGGAACCACCACUGCAGUACGGUCGCUACCCGCGCACCAUUGGUAACUUUCUGGACUCCAGCGAAUCGCAAAUCUUUCUCAUGCAACUGCCAGAUGUGUUGCCAUGUGUGAGCGACGAUACCGAAGAUCCGGAACCACCUAAAGUAGAUCAUCAGGCCACCAGUGAAUCGGAACCCGCCAGUCCUGCACCGAAUUGCGCAAACGGACCCAAGGGUAGUAUACUACGGCAGCUGGAGGAAGGACAGAUCGGCAAGAUUCUGAGGUACAAGUCCGGUCGCGUAAAGCUCCAACUGGGAGACACACGCUUCGACUUGGAUAUGGGUCUGGAUCCGGGUUUUCUGCAGGAGCUCAUGUCUGUGACCGCAAACCGCGAGCAACGCAGUGGAAAUAUGAUCAAUUUGGGACCCAUUCAGGCCAAACUCAAGGCCACUCCAGAUUGGGUGCACCUUUUCCAGCAGCAGGAGGCGGCAUCCAAGCGAACGAAUCCAUUACCGAGCACGUAGCACCCACUUCCCCACGGUAGAUAUGUAAUAUUGUAAAUAGGCUGCGCCUAAGCUUAAGUUAUUCCUAUCUUAAAUGACGUAUAUAAACGUUAAAUAUAGAAAUUUCUAAUACAA